UGGGAAUUUUUACCACAGUGACUUUUUGUUUUUAAAACAAACAAGCAUUGCAGUUACUUCUGAGGGAAGUGGAUAUCACAUCCAUGGGCACUUUCCUCCUAAUAAGCGCCCUCAGUCGUCCACGUCACGAGCACUUGGCAGAGGUCUCCACCAAGGCGGGAGGUCAUCCUCAUCCUCAUCCCUUUGCGGACCUCUUUGUCAGACCUGAGGGGGUGUUUGCUCAAAGACAGAAAACUUCUGAAUGGUUUUAUAAGCAAAACCAGCUGCUGCGGGCCCAUGCGUGAUUGUGUGUGCUUGUGAGGAGGGGUGUGCAAAAGAGAGAGAGAGAAAGUUUUUCACUUUUGUUUUUUUUGUUUUUUGGAAGGCAUGGACGCGGAGACGUGCAGUCCAUACAGCGACAUGACCUCCAUGGACGCGUUUUACAGUCCUUCUGCAGCGCAAGGUCGGGACCAGCAGGCGGACCACUUGAGGACUGAGACCAAAUACAAAGGUCACACGUACGGAGGAGACAAGUCCCGGAGCCCCUUCCUGCAGGAGUGCCACUCGCUGGAUGCCGGACAGGCCGCCUUCAGCAAAUUCCACCUCUUCAUGCCCAGGUCCUCCUGCAGAACACCUCCAGAGGAAGGUGAGGAGCGACACAGCGCAGAGAUCGUCUCCUGCUAUGGUAAAGAGAGUUGCAAUCUGCCGGACUCGGACUUGACUCCACUCUCCGACCAUUUGACGAUGGACGCCAGCUACCAGGGUGUGAAGGCGGCCUCUGACAGGCCAACGGGCCCCGACUUAGCCAGCACCCAUGACAAGGGCGACGGCGGCGAGAGCAACAAGGGCAAGAAGAGGCGCAAUCGCACCACCUUCACCAGCUACCAGCUGGAAGAGCUGGAGAAGGUCUUUCAGAAGACGCACUAUCCCGACGUUUACGCCCGCGAGCAGCUGGCACUCAGGACCGACCUGACGGAAGCUCGCGUACAGGUGUGGUUCCAGAACCGGCGGGCCAAGUGGAGAAAGCGGGAGCGUUUCGGUCAGAUGCAGCAGGUUCGAACACACUUCUCCACAGCGUACGAGCUGCCGCUGCUGACACGCCCUGAGAGUUACGCACAAAUACAGAACCCGUCCUGGAUCAGCGGCAGCAGUGCGGCAUCACCUGUGCCGGGUUGCGUGGUGUCCUGUGACACGGUGACCCCCUGCAUGACCCCUCACCCGCACUCCGCUGGCGGGGUGUCUGAUUUCCUGGGUGUUCCCAGCCCCGGGGCUCACAUGGGCCAGGCCCACAUGGGCGGCCUGUUUGGGGGAUCUCCCGGCAUGGCUACGGGCCUCAACACGUACGAUCUCAACAUGGACCCGGACCGCAAGUCCUCCAGUAUCGCCUCUCUGCGCAUGAAGGCCAAAGAGCACAGUGCGGCCAUAUCUUGGGCCACAUGAUGUGUGUGUGGAUUCCUGCUGAAGGUGUGUGUGUGUGUGUGUGUGUGUGUGUGUGUGUGUUGAAGGCAUUCAAAUCUAACACUGCUACCUUCAUUCAACAUGCAUAUAUGCAAAUGAGCAAGCCCUUUGGGAAGACAGGACUCAUUUCAAGUAUUUUUACCCGAGUGUGGAUUUGAGAGAGCACCUACUUCCUGGGAGUCUCCGUUCUGCCCUUGGCGCUGCAAUCUUUAGCAUCAGCAGCGUCAGGAAGUGAAGUACCUGCAGGAAGAACAACAAGAAAAGAUUCAACACGAGGAUACGUAACGUGACGGCCGUGUUGGAGAGUGUUUCAUUCUUCUACUUGCUCUAACAGGGAUGGAAGCUUCAGCAGCCAAGUCGGAACACAAACACCCUGCUAUUCAUCACAUGUCUAACACGCUUCAUAACAAUACCGGGUGAUGUUGGCGCAGGCGGGGGUGUCCAAAGUGCCUUUUUGUUGUGCACGGUGCAGCGGAUCCCUGCAUAUUCCUCACUCAGCAGUCACAACCCCACAAAUUUGCGGAUUUUGGAUCAAAACCAGUUUUAUUUGUGGGAAAAGGCACCCUUUAAUGCAGGGGCGUCCAAAGUGCGGACCGUGGGCCAUCGGCGGCCAUCAGCACUUUCUAAAAAUAGAAUUUAACUAGAAAACUUAAAAAAAAAAAAAAAAAACAGCAAAAAAGAAGAAGAUCUGCAGUAAUUUUACAAGAAUUGAGAAGUCAAAAUAUUAAGAGAAAAAAACUGGAACUUUACAAGAAUGUCGUAACAUGACGGGGAAAAAUAACGUAAAAAACAAAGAAAACAAAUAAAGUUGUAAUUUUUUAUGAAAAUUAGGUGGCAGAAAAAGUUAUAUUAUGGGAACAAAGUCCUAAUUAUGAGAAGAAAAUGUACAUGAAUAAAGUACAGAUAGUUGGAAAAAAAAGAAAACAUUGAGAAAAAAAAAGACAUUUUCUUUGUUUUAAUUUGGGAAUAAAGCCGUAUUCUAACCAGAAAAAAGUUGCAAUUUUACGAGAAUACACUUGUAAUAUUAUGAUGAGAAAUAAGGCCAUUUUAGUAGCAUAUAUAUAUAUAUAUAUAUAUAUAUAUAUAUAUAUAUAUAUAU